CACCAAGCUCAUUCAGCCCAGUGUGAAACACAAAGAGGCGGAGCCAUUACCGACUCACUGAGCUCAGGUAGAAUGAAAGAAACAGCUGCUCGAGUCCUUCAUCAAACUGUGACGUGAAGUAAAGCUCCGCCCACCGCUGCACACACAAAUCUGCAGAUGAUCGGGGGCGUGUUUAAAACGCUCACGGGGGCGUGUGGCGUACCACGCCAUAUUUAUUUUCAAGGCUUUCUGAACAGUUUUCAGGCUGAGAGUGAAAUGUUAGUUACAUUUCAUUAAAAAUAUAAAAAUAAACUGAUGGUGGUCGGGUCGGUCGACGCCAUCAUAACAUCAGAAACGCUUCAGAACGCGGACACGCUCGCUGUUGUUCAUCGCAGACACGGUGUACGUACUCACACGCCGUGUGAGUAUUUGGACGCUGCGAGGACAAAAACGAUUGGUCACUAAAGCUCUGAUGUCUGAUCGGCGGCCAUGUUUAAAACUGUCGUCUGUGCAGGCGGUGCGAGCAGACGCCGCCCUCAGCGUGGCGCAGGCGCAGCACCUGCGGCAGCAGCAAGAGGACAACAGCUGCAGGGAGCGGGCGGAGGUGCUGCAGGCGCGGCUGGUGGAGGAGCAGAGGAGGAGUCUGCAGCUGGAGGAGGAGCUGAGGCAGCAGGAGCAGAAGAGCAGCUCUCAGAUCAGCACGAAGCAGGAUCAGUACGAGAAGGCGAUGGCGGCGCUGCAGCAGAGGGCGGAGGACGUGGAAACCAAACUGAAGGCGGUCCGUCUGCUCCUGCAGGAAAAGGUGGAGCAGCUUAAAGAGCAGCUGGCGAGGAACGCCAAGUCAAGCGCACUGCUGAAGGACCUGUACGUGGAGAACUCGCAGCUGAUGAAGGCGCUGCAGGUCACCGAGCAGCGGCAGAAACGCGCCGAGAAGAAGAACUUCCUGCUGGAGGAGAAGGUCGGCGCGCUCAACAAGCUGCUGAGGGACAUCGUCCCUGCAUCGCUCGCCACAUAACCAUGGCAGCGCAGAGCAGAAGGCCCCAGCGGGAGGGGGCGGGGCCUCACCUGUGUGAAGCAGGUGGAUGUCUGGAGCACACGCGUUCGGUGUGUCAGUAUUAUCUUUGUUUAUAAUGAAACUUUUUAUUUUUGCGUCAUUGAAAUAAAGUUUUAAUGUCUCUGUGA